AUGACAACCCAGGAGCUGCUUCAGAGGCUCCGGGAGCUGGAGGUACGUUCCUUAGUUUUCUCCCCAGAAGAGUUUAGGCACAAGGAGUGACAGAGGUAAUGGCUUAAGACCCUAAGAAACCCCCCCCCCCACUUUUUGUGAGUGGGGUGGUUUUUCCUUUGGCGAGGGACCAAUAUAGCAUCUGUUUCACUUGGCUGGGGAGAUGCCCUGGACCCACUGAUGCCUCAUUGGCCCUCCGAGGCUCCUGCCAGUGACUAGAAGGUUAUAUUUAAGAUUUUGGAAGUGAUGUGAGUGACAUUCCGUUUUGCUGGGGAAGGGGGCAGGCUUCCAGGGAAGGAGGUUGGGGUAGGCUCACAAAAACCUAGAUCCAAAACAGCUACUGUGAAUCUGGUUUUUUAUAACACAAUAGAUUUCAUUGUAAAUAUUCUUCCAUAGCAGUUAACAAAGUGGGGUGGCAAUCAAUUGGGAUAAUGAACCUGCCUUGUUUCUUUUUGUACAAAACUAGGCUCAUUAGUACAUCACAUUCCAGAUAGGAAUAACAUUUGGUAGUCCGUUCACUUACCUCCGUUUAUGAAAGAUUAUGAAGGGAAGCAAAAUUUCUAAAAGUUUUCCUGUGUCGGUGCCCCCCCCCCCCCCAGCCAGGAUCUGGAUUCAGUUAAACUAGGGUUAGUCAAUGUGGUGCCUUCAAAAGGUUGAUAGACAACAACUCCCAUCAUGCCUGACCAUUGGCUGUACUGGUUGGGGCUGAUGGGAGUUGGAGUCCAACCACUUCUGGACGGUGCUGGUUGGCUCUGCUAGUGCUGUGUUCCACAAUCUCUGGAGACGCAUUUAUUUUGUCCAUUUAGUCAUGUAACACUGUCCAUUAAAAAAAAGGAAACUUUGACUUGCCUUCACUGGUAUAUUUUUGUACGGCAGAAAUGGAAUAGCUCCUGUCCCCUGGCUUUGAGGGAGAAGCAUCUUCUCCCAAGUGUCAAAAGAUCACUCUGAUGGAAUUGAGACCUCAGUGUGCCCAGAGAGUGCAGGGGCAGGCUUGCAGGUGACUCGAGCAAGCAAGUAGAGCCAUGUGCAGUUCCUUUUCUGUCUCCUUCCAGUGUGUAGGAGCCCUUUGCACGAGCAGAUUGUGAUGUGGGUCCACUUAUGGGACAGUGGGCAGCAAGCUGAUAGAGUGGAAGGACUCACUGCUCUUCUUUCUGAAGGCCGCCUGCCUACUGAAGCUGUUGCUUUUGACCCUUCUGUGUUCUUAAGUAUGCAAGAAGAUCACUGGUGGAUCAGGACAAAGGUCCAUCUGUCCAGCGUCUUGUUCUCACAGUGGCCAACCCUAUGCCCCUAUGGGAAUCCCACAAGCAGGGCUGGAGUGUAUCAGCGCUCCCCUCCUAGCAACUGGUCUUUAGAGGCAUACCUCUGCCUUCAGCAGUGGGGGUAGAACAGCCAUUGUGGCUAGUAGCCAUUGAGAGCCUUAGCUGCCACAAAAUGGUCUAAUCCUCUUCUAAAGCCAACCACAUCGCUGGCCAACACUGUAUUAUAGAGGCCUGGGCUUAAGCUUUGGUCUUGCCAUGCUGCAGUGAAAAAACUUCCCUGUAGGGCAAGGGAGCUAAAGGAGAGCAGGAAAGGGAAACAAGGUUUUUUUUAGUUUUUUUAGCAUAUUUACAAGCAGUUUAUUCAGCUUACAGCAGGACAAAAGGAAAACAUGUCCGAUCUCCUUCGUGCCCAAAAGCAAGCAGCUUAAGCAAAAGCUAUACACAAACAGAAGUUCCCAGCAAGCUGUGCUGGAGUGUAAACAGACAUGUGACACACAACAAUCAUGUGUGUACCUUAAGGUGGAAUAUUUUAAGUCUUUGCCUUUUUUAAUUAUUAUUAUUUAUUAAAGAUUUUGUUGAUUUACAAAGGUGUGUGCAAUGUCUCUCUCUCGUAUUUUUCCCCCCAUGUAACAUUUUUACAAAUCAGUUUCAUUUGUUGGGGAAACGAGAUGUUCUUUGCUUCCAUUUCUUCCUAGAGAGGAAAGCUGGGAUUCUGGGCCCUUUUGCUCACCUGUUGUCUGAUUAUAUUCCCAGGCAGAGAAUUCGGCUUUGGCACAAGCCAAUGAGAACCAGCGAGAGACGUAUGAACGCUGCCUUGAUGAGGUACAGCUGCCUUCCCUUCUCAUUUUCCAAGAGGGCCUUUCCCUUCCCUUUUCCUUUUUUUUGGGGGGGGGGGAGAGACGAUGACGACUACAGCCUGUUUCAGGGUCCUUAGGACUUUCCUCCUCUUAUCUGUUCUUUACUGUUCUACAGGUAGCAAAUCAUGUUGUGCAGGCGCUGUUAAACCAAAAGGUGAGUCUCUUAUCUUGUGCAAAUCUCAUCCUGCAAACAAUUUAGGGUUUCCCCCAAGAACAUUUGCUUGUUUUUGCAGGUGCAUUCUGCAACUUGCCAUUGACAUCAUAAUAGUGCAUCAGUGAUAGAUUUACACUGGAUCAUCCAGACAUCGUUCUGCGUUAUCAGCUGAUUCAUUGAAGGAUGUGUCUGUAGGGGGUGGGAUGGCAGGAUGUGGGGGUGAAGCUGUCUCCCAAACACCAACUUAGAGGGUGAAGCCCACUGACCCUUCUCUUUCCUCAGGACCUACGUGAAGAAUGCAUCAAACUGAAAAAACGGGUCUUUGACCUUGAGCGACAAAACCAAGCCCUGAGUGAUCUCUUCCACCAGAAGCUGACCUCUGUCUCUCUCUCCCAGGUGGGUCCAUUCUUCUCUCUCUCUCUCUCUCUCUCUCUCUCUUUCUCUCUCUCCCACCCCACUUAUUCUUCUGAGGCACUCAGCCUUGCUCUUUGCAUGGAUGCACAAACAGGAAGCUUCUUGGUUGUGUGUGAUGGAAGCCUUAGAAUCAUAAAACCAGAAAUGGCUCUUUUUCUGGCAUGCUUCAAACUGUUUCAUUGAGAGAGCAGAUCCCUCUCACACAAAGACUGCUGCUAGCACAAUGGUGCUUCUCCCCAAUAUCCACCUCAGAAUUGGACUGGAAGAAACCCCAGGCCAGCACAUGGGGGCAGGGAGGAGAAGUUUAGACCAUUCAGUCAGGCCAGCAGAAAUGCUUGCGCAGACAGAGUGAUCUGCUUAGAACAAGUUUAAAUCCCUCCCAUCUUUAUUUUUAGGAGUUUUUAUUUUUUAGAAACCUGUAUUGCUUUUCAUCCCCACUGUCCUUUGGGUUUUAGACUGCUUUACAUAGAAACAACAGCCAUGGGGUGAUGGUUAUAUUGCAUGUCUUUCUAUGUAAUGUAUAGCCUGGUCCUCCUAACGGUGCAGCCUUCGUACAUCUUACUCAUGUGGUGCAUCUCCGCCUACAACCCACCAUGUCUUAGUGCAUCUUGGAUUUCCUGGGGUUGGAGGUGAAGGGACAUGGGCUGCCUUCCGGCAUCACUGUUUCAGCUACAGUUGAGUUAGAAGACAACCAGAGUGGCUUCUUGGGACUGACCAGUGACAAUUGUGCUGAUAAGAAGCCUGGGUGGGCGGGGAGAGACUGCAGAAGGAGUCUGAAGGGGCAGCAUCAGUGGGUGAAUGAAAGUGGGAUCUUAAUGGAAUCUCAUGAGCUUUACCCUACGGGGUUUUCCCCAGCUGGCUACUAUGAGAUCAGGGUGCUGGCUAGAAGGGCCUUUGGCAUGCCACUCAGUACUUGCCAGUGGCCUUUUCAGCCUUGCUCAUCUGGCUGCCUUGCCAUUUCACCUUUGGAAUUCAGGAAUGCAUUUUAAAACAAGCCAGGUGUACACAACAUCAUCUUAAAAGCCCCAUAAGACCAUUGAGGGUGGAAUCUAUUUGUGUGUUUUUUUAAAAAAAUACUCCCUUCCCUUCACCAUAAUGCCCUAGGGUGUGUCAUAGCAAUUUAAAAACAGUUUAACUUAGCUUUAACCAAAGCAGAGUGGAAAUGCACCUUGUGGAGAGUGGUUUUCCCUCUGAGUGUCUGUGUGAAGGAGGUUGUGAGCCUGUAUGUAUCGGCUGCCUGCCUGCAGUUCUACUGAGGCUGUUUAGAGUGGCAGUUCCCUCCCUCGCUGCAGUGCCUUUGCCCUUCACGGUGCUCCUUCUAUCCCCAGCUCCCAGCCCAUCCUGCUUCCUUGCUCUCGGAUCCAUCGUCCAUCUCCCAGCCAGGCACGGUGGAGAAGCUCCCCGCUUCGUUGCCCUUGGGACACUGCAUCUUGCAGAGAGAGGUAUGUCCUGCAAAGCGCCCCUGCCCUGCAUUACCUGUGAGGGUCUUCGCUGCCUCUGCAGCCCCCAGCCCCCCCCCCCAUAAGUACUCUUCCCGUUGCAUCCCUGUUUCACCGCAACUUAGAGACUGAAGGUGUUUGCUUCCUGGAACGGGGCCCAGAGCCAUUAAUUGCUGCUUUGCUGUGCGGCUCGGCACUGUGUGUACCUUAGAUGCAUCGCAAGGUGCCAGACCCGACAGCUCGCACUGAAUCAUGGGAAUUUUGGACGCGGCCCAGUUUCCCAGGGAAGAAGAAGAAGAGAUUAUCUGAGGUGGACCCAAAAUUAGAAUGCUGGUCUUUUUUCCACCUGGGGGAUACUCUGGGUAGAAGCACCUGUUAACAGGUGAGAGACCGUUCCAGUUGGUAGGCUUGGGGGGUCGUCAUUCCCAGGUGGCAUCAAAAACUGGGGGCAAGCUGAGGCUUUCAGAUAUGCCUGCAAUGCAGCAGAUGCAGGAUUGGGCUUUGGAGGGUAAGGGCUAAAAAGCUGCCUGGUCAAGCGUUCCAGCCCCACCACAGACACCAUUUCCCCCUUAUGGUCUCUGUAUAGCUCAAGCUUCCUCCAGAUUUUUUUGCUGAAUUUAUGCUGCAAGAAUAGAGGAGCUGUGGCAUGGAAAGGGACCAUAGAGCAGUGGUGGAACACUUGCUUGGGUGUGCAGAAGGCCACCAGUUCAGUCGCUGGCAUCUCCAGAUAAAAGGUCUUGGGCAGCAGAGUAUGGGAUGCAGGCAGAGAUAAUGACAGGCUUGGAUAACCAAACAAGCCAGGAUAUGCGUGAGCAUCAGGCACCUGUGUGCAUCCCUUUCCAAAUAGGAAAACAGGUCAGGAACUCGGUUAGCCAUAGCUUCCCAUGGCAUUUGAACCAGGAAACUGUGGUUUGAAGGCUCCCAAACAUGCCAGGAUGCGAAGCCAUGGUUUAAAGGUGGCCUCCAAAUCCUGCUUUGCUUGGAAGCCAUUGACCACAUUUUUCCUGCUUUGGGCCUAACGGAACUCUGGGCAGCUGAGGCUUCCUGACUUGUCUCCUUUCUUGCGCAAAGGGAGGAGCAAAGGGGCUGCGUGUAGAUGUGGGAAGCUUGUGAGUAUCCUGACAUAUUAAGCCAUGAUUUAAUCAUUGGAACAUGUAUACUGUGUGUGUUUGUGUGUAUGAUCUAGAGGUUUUUACACUUUGCCUCUCCCCUUUCCGAAUCCCCAUAGGUCAUUUCUGAGGAGCAGUGUGCUGGCACUCCAGGGCCCAACCCCCAGUCCUUGGAAGCCCUGUCCCCAUUCCUGCGCAAGAAGGCCCAGAUCCUGGAGGUGCUUCGCUCGCUGGAGGAGAUGGACCCCCUGCUCGCCUUCCCCUCCCCUUGGAGAGAGCCUGGGCAGGGGGGCUCUCCAGAAGGGGUGACGGCCGAAGCCUGGCCCUGCCUGCUGCUGGCGCAGGGGGAAGGGGUCCCCAGGCAGCCUCCUCCGAAAGGAGAGGGCAGCUCCUCCUCCUCCUCGGACGAGGCCGGCGAAGGCGACCCCCCAGAGAAAGGACACCCCGGGCAGGUGCUGCUGAGCGCUCUGGCCGAGCACAAGCUGGACUUGGGCGACAUGGAGACUUACCUGCACCACGUCCUGAGGGAGGCAGGCGACAGCCCUCUGCUCAAUGGGGAGCCCAAUGGGCCUGGCUUGGUGGAAGCCCCGGAGGGGCAGCUGGGCAGCUACAAGCACAUCCAGGCGGUCAGUUGCCUGGAGGCCUUGGGGCCACCCUCUGCUUGCAGGGAGCCGACUUACCUUGGGGUCUUGGCACCAAGUGAGGGCAAGGACAAGUCCCGCCCAGGCCCGCCCAUUCCCUCCCCCUCCAAGGUGCUCAAGUUGCUCAAGAUGCCGCCCCCGCCCAGCCCCGCUGCCCUCCGCCUCAGCCCCCAGCUGACCCGCAGCUCCAAAAUCCCUUGUCGCAGCAACACCUACGAGGUGUACCACUCCCCGACGCCCAGCCGCAAGGGCUCCCCGGACAGUCCCUUCCCCAGCGACUCUAGCAUUGCUGGAGGACACCCUUCUCCCAAGGCUGCCCGGCACCUUGUUCCGGUGCCCCCCAAAGUCACGCCAACCUCUCCUGACCCCUUUAGCUUCCACAAGCCCCACGAGUACGAGAAUGUCUUAGAGCUGUCCCUCAGCAGCGCCAUCAGUCCUCAUGCCCACUCCCCCCGAGACGCCAAGUUGGAUGUCCCCGACGCACUCCCGCCCGCGUGCCGUUCGGCACCCCUCCGUGCCGUGCCGCCCAGCGACAUCUCGCUCGAGCCCUGCCCCUUUGCCGGGGGCCGGGAAAAGCCGGGCCCUGAGAGCAGGCACUCUCCGCCACUCGCUCGCCGAGCCUCCGAAGGCUCCAAGAAGGUGGCAAACGGGCCGAGCAAGCGGGCGCCUGAGGCAGCCAACAUGCCCUUCAAAGAACGGCUUACUGUGCUGGGGAGGCUGAAGGGAGCGGAGGGCAAGGAGUCGCCAGGCUUUGAGAAAGGGAGGGCCCCGGCCCGGCUCUGUGAGCGCACCGAGGGCUUUGCCGAGGCUCACCCCAGGCUGGGCACCGGAAGCAGCAGCCUCAAGCACCACGAGCCUUGCCAUGCCGGCGAACCGGCCCCUCGGUGCUACUCCUCCCACUCGGUCGGCUCCCGUGGCAGUGACCCCGAACACCACGUCUCCAAGAGCCGCUUGCUGGGAACUCCAGGAGCAAGGAACCCUCCCAAGCCCCCGCCGCCAGGGAAGAACACCAAGAGUCCUCAUGGGAGCCCAACAAAGUUGCCGUCCAAAUCCCCAACCAAGGCCUCCGCCCCGGAGCCCAAGCCGUGCCAGGCACUGGCCAAGACGCCCACCAGCGUCGGGCGCAAGAACCCGCCUUGCCUGGACUCGGUCAAGGGCAGCAAAGCUGGGCCUCCAGCCAGCAUUGAGGAGAAGGUGAUGAAAGGUAUUGAGGAGAACGUUUUGCGCAGGCACAAAGGAGGGGCGGCAGCAGGGGAGGCGAAGCAGAAGAACUCUAGCGGCCUCGCCAGCUGGUUUGGGCUGCGCAAGAGCAAGCUCCCUGCCCUCAGCCGCAGGCCUGAGGCCCCCAAAGUCAAGGAGGGCAAGAUGGUCUCCCGCAGGCUGGAGGCUGAGAGCCUAAACAUUUCCAAACUCAUGGAGAAGGCGGAGGACCUGCGCAAAGCCCUGGAGGAAGAGAAGGCCUACAUCAAUGGGUUGGCCUUGGACAAGCCCCGGCCCCACGCCUGCGACACCGGCCACAGUCAGCUGACACUGAUGUAUCAGGAGGUGACUGCGGAGAACUUCAUGCAGCAGCUGCUCAAUAGGUAGGUGACACAGCUGAAGCCGGGUUCCUGUGAGAGUUAUCCACAUAGAAGAAUGAGUCUUGCUGAGGAAGAAUCAGCAUGGCUUCUGCAAAAGUAACUCCUGUCUCACAAGCUUCUUAGAGUCCUUGAGAGUGCCAGUCAGCAUGGGGAUAGAGGUGAUCUGGUAAUCACGGUAUACUUGGGCUUUUGAAAACCUUUUGUCAAAGCCUCCCCCACGGCUUCUGAGUAAACCGAUCAGUAACGGGUUAGGAGAGAAGGUCCUUUUUUCAUAGAUUCAUAGACUUUGAAGGGACCUUAGCAGUCAUUUAGCCCAGGGUCCUGCUCAGUGCAGGAUCUGCAGUGCACAAUGCAACUAAAAUAUCCCUGGUGGACAACUGCUUAGCUUCUGCUUAAAUACUUCCUGCGAAAGAAAGCAUACCACUUCCGGAGGUAGAAUCUGUUUUUGGGAUAACUAGUUAAAAGAACAGGAUGCCAAGAGCAGGACAGUUACUCUUAGUGGAGGGAUGUAAGAAGUUGGAGAAGAACAUAGGAAGAACGUGCUGGGUCAGGCCAAAGGUAAAUCUAGUUUAGCAUCCUUUUUUCACAUUGGCCAGCCAGAUGCCUGUGGUAAGCCUGUAGGCUAGACAAGGGGGCAGCAACACACUGCCCACCUACCAUGCGCAGCAAAUGGUGUUUCUUAGGAUUCCCCAAGGAUCUGUAUUGGGACUGGUGCUUUUUGUCUCGUUCCUAAAUUACCUAAGAGUUGGGGGUGAGCAGUGAGGUGCUCAGGUGUGCUGAUGACACCCAGUUGUUCAGAGUGGUAGAAAUAAAAAGGAAUUGCAAAAAAUUCCUGAGUUAUCUCUCAAAAUUUAAUGACAGCUGAGUUUGAAAGUACAGGCAACCUGUUUCGCACUUGUUCAAAGAACUGUGCACACGUUGGCCAUUUUUGGACCUGGAAGAGGAUGGAAUAGGGGUGUGAUGGGCUUCUGCAAACUGCCAGCAUACACAGUGACCCUGAGUGCACCCCACCCGGAGAUUGGGGGUUGCCUGUAAGUGUAAAGUGAUGCAAAACAUUCGAACUUCACAUAUCUGUUUGUGGGAGUCUAAACUGGCAGUGACUCACGAGGAAAGGGAUCUUGGGAGUUGUGGUUUACAGCCUGAGGAAGACGUCGACUCAGGGUGCAGCAGCUGAUCAUUAGGAAUGGAGCUGAAAAUAAAACUCCCAAUAUAGUAAUGUCUUCAUGCAUGGAAUACUGUGUACAGUCCUUAUUGCUGCAUCUCAAAAAAAGACAGUGUGGAGCUGGAAAAGGUACAUAAAAGGACAUUCAGGAUGCUGGAGCAGCCUCCUUAUAAGGAAAAGUUAAUUCAUUUGGGGCUUUUUAAUUUGGAAAAAAGGACUCAAUUUAUGCAUGGUGUGGAGAAGUUGGAUAGAGAGGUUUCCAUCCCUGUCGUAAUUCUGGGACCUGGAGUCAUCCGGUAAAGUUGAAUGUUGGAAGGUUUAGGACAAACAAAUGGCAGUGCAAUGUUAAACUGGAAUGCGCUGCUCUAAGAGGCGCUGAUGGCCACCAGUUUAAAGGGGGAUUAGAAAGAUUUGUAGACGGAAAGGCCAUUGGUGUUUACUAGCUAUGAUGGCUACAAGUCACCUCCACGAUGAGAGGUCACCUAGAUGCACAAAUGCACUCACUGGGAAAGAACAGCACGUGCCACUUGUGGAUUUUUCAUGGGCAUCUGAUUGGCCACUUUGGGGAGACAGGAUACCCACCUCUGGUCUGAUCCAGUAGAACUCUUGCCAUUUUAUGAAACGUUUAUGUGGCUGGCUGAGAACACAGGACUGUUGAUUCUAAUGUAUUAAAAAUCUCUUAUCUGUGCAAAAUGUGUACCAAGGUAAUCAAAUGUUCUGUACCAAUCCAAGUUUUUCUGUGACCUGACUUUGAAGAAAGGAGAGAGUUGCAUGACUGCAUAUUUCAUUUAAUUUCUGGAUCUGAGAGCUGUUACGGUGUGCAGCAUAACUGCAAUUCAUGCCCAGCUUCCCCCCUAGGUUCUGAUGGUGCACAAGGCAAAACCUCCAAUCCUCUCUUGCAGUCUCAAGGGCCAGAAACUUGCUUCUUCGUAUUUAUUUUUAAAAACUGAACCAAAUUCCAAUUUCCACAUUUGUGUGAUAUAGCCGCCAUUUCUAGACAACCCCAUUGAAAGUGGAGGGUUAACGGCAGAAGAGGCUGUUCCUGGGGGAAACUAAUCUGGCUGUGUAUGCAGUGAGGUCUCUGAAAUUUUGAUUUCAAAUCUUGGGUGGAAAAGCAGGUAUAAAAAACAGGGCAAAUGAGACCCUGGUGCGUUUUGCUGGGCUAUAGAACUCUCUCAAGGAGACAGACAUUUCUGGCCUGCAGGGGCUCAGGGAAAUGAGGUGCUUCAGGGAGAAUAUGGGGCCGGCCUUCAUCUUUCUCCCCUCUCACCUGCUCUGUGGCAGGGUGGAUGGCAAAGAGGCGCCGUUUGAGACUCACCUGGAGCAGAAGAACGAGCUGCAGGGCCUGCAGAGAGGCCUCCAUGAUGCCAAAGAUGCCCGCCUCAUCCGGCCUCCACGCAAUGGCAUCGUUGGCCACCUCCAUGCCUGCCAGGAAGCCCCUGCCAAGGUGAGCCAGUCGUGACGCCCAGAGUCCUCCUGUCCUGGCAGUGGCGGAGCGUGUCUCCAUGCCGCCUGGGGCGGGUGCGUGUGGGUGCCCUCUCCAGGGGCAGGGCCAGGGACUGAGGACAAACAGAGCCCACCACUCCUGCCCAGCCCCCGCUGGAGCGAUACCAACCCCAAGCGGCAUGGCUAUUCCACUCUAUUCGCACAUGAGGUUUACUUGAGAGUCGCUGCUACAGAGACAGCUGCGGUUGUAAAGGCUGCAUUUCCCCCUUCAGACUCAGGCUGCCUCUGUGUUGUUGUUUUUUAACCAGCUACUUCUGCAACAUGGCAGCUGCCAUCAAAAUGUACAGUCCUCCAGGCGAGUGCCUGGAGGCGGUUGGAGGAUGGAUGGCGGCUAAUGGAUUGAGGUUGAAUCCUGACAAGACAGAAGUACUGUUCUUGGGGGACAGGAGGUGGGUUGGUGUGAAGGACUCCCUGGUCCUGAAUGGGGUAACUGUGCUCCUGAAGGACCAGGUGCGCAGCCUGGGAGUCAUUUUGGAUUCUUUGUAUCCAGGGCAGCUGUCUACCAGCUCCACCUGGUACGCAGGCUGAGACCCUAUCUGCCCGCAGACUGUCUCGCCAGAGCAGUGCAUGCUCUAGUUAUCUCCCGCUUGGACUACUGCAGUGCGCUCUACGUGGGGCUACCUUUGAAGGUGACCCAGAAACUACAACUAGUCCAGAAUGUGGCAGCUAGACUGGUGACUGGGAGCGGCCGCCGAGACCACGUAACACUGGUCUUGAAAGACCUACACUGGCUCCCAGUACGUUUCCAAGCACAAUUCAAAGUGUUGGUGCUGACCUUUAAAGCCCUAAACUGCUUUGGUCCAGUAUACCUGAAGGAGCGUCUCCACCCCCAUCGUUCUGCCCAGACACCGAGGUCCAGCUCCGAGGGCCAUCUGGCGGUUCCCUCGGUGUGAGAAGUGAGGUUACAGGGAACCAGGCAGAGGGCCUUCUCGGUAGUGGCCCCCGCCCUGUGGAACACCCUCCCUUCAGAUGUCAAGGAAAUAAACAACUAUUUUACAUUUAAAAGACAACUGAAGGCGGCCCUGUUUAGGGAAGUUUUUAAUGUCUGAUGCUGUAUGGUUUUUAAUAUUCGGUUGGAAGCUACCCAGAGUGGCUGGGGAAACCCAGCCAGAUAGGCGGGGUAUAAAUUAUUAUUAUUAUUAUUAUUAUUAUUAUUAUUAUUAUUUAUUUACUUAUUAAAAAGAGCCUUCUUGUGACAUCAGCUUCAUUCUGCGCCCUACCUCCUCCUCUCCUCCCCCCCCAAAGCGGCGAGGGGUUGACACAAGAGCUGCAUUUUCCAAGGUGCAGGCAAAGCGCAAAAGCUCUUUGCGCUGCAAAUGGUUUCACUCCAAAUUAUUGAGAGCAAGUCAAGGAAGUGCCGGAGGGCUUCCUCAAGAAAGCACGUGUAGGCUUUAAAGCUACAACGCUGCCCUGGUUUAUUUGAGGCUUAAAUGUUGGGUGCCCUUUCCGCCGUGGCCGGGACGGGGGAGGAUUAGGCCCCCCCCUCCACGCCUACGCCUGAGUGUCUGAGUCCCGCUCACCAGCCUCAUCUCCCUGUUUCCCUCUAGCUUCGUGAUGCAACUUUGCAAGAGGAGAUCCCGUCCGAUGACAGCCUGGCUGAGUCCGUGACCUCCCAGCACUUUGCAGGUGAGCUUUAUGGGAUGUCGCUGGCAGAGGGGACAAGGUGUGGCAGGUGGGCACCUUCAUUGGAAGGUGCACACAGACUGCUAUUCUGUGCUGCUUUUAGCUAAGCAAGGUGGAAUGGGGAGGGAGAAGAGCCAUUCGGGAUGGGCACUCCAAAUGAGAGAAUACACUCUCCUUAUAGGACCCACUUCCUGUAAUGAUUGCAUUCUUCUCUAAUGUGUAAUAUAGGCUCCCCUUUCUUUUACACAAGGAGAAUCAAGCUCAGUGGAGGCCUUUUGAGGAUAUUCCCAUAAUUCUUUGCAGGCUUCCACGAAUUGUGCUCCAUCUGUACACAGGAAAUAACUGGCAUAAAGAAUUGCUUCCUAGAGUGGAAAUUAAUGUCUUCUCUGUGCCGAAGAAAAACCUCCUGCGGGAGAUCUGGUGGGCCUGUCUCCAGUAACUUUCCCAUGAGAAAAUCUGCUUUGUAGAUUUGAGCCUACUGUUAAUAGAAUUGUGCCCACAUAAAUCUAGUUCUUACAUUCGGAGCUUAACUUUUAAAAAUGUAUAUUAGGCUUUGGAUUUGUGACGAAAAGUGGUUUAAUUUUAUUAUUUUUAAAAAAUGAAUUUCAAAGAGCAAGUACUCCUGUUUGCUUCUAAUUCUGAUUUAAGAAGGGAAUAGCACUGAAUCAAGGCUGCGUUAAAACAGAUGAUAACUGUUGGUUUGAAUGCGGUUGGAAUAUGUGUUCCCGGGAUUUUAUGGCUAAUUCUAGCAGAAAGGAAGAUCUAUGAGGUCCGAAGCAGACAAACGGUUGGCUCAAGGAUGCUGGAGAGGGGAGAAGAUGGGAGGGGAGGUUUCAGGAACUCCUAUCUUUUUUAAGGGAGACCUUAAACUAAGAUUUGCAGAAUCAUAGAAUUGUAGAAUUGGAAAGGCACCCUAUGUCCCAUUCAGGGAUCAAACUUGCAACCUGGAGCUUUCAAUAUAUAAGCUGUUUGGAGUAGAAAGGGUCAGAAUGAGAGAGAAUCCUUUGAUGUGGAUUCUGACUCCACCUCUUGUCCCUGCCCGUGGUCCACAGUGUGCAGCUCCCUGACUCGGACUCUGGACAGUGGCAUUGGCACCUUUCCGCCGCCGGACUACUGCAUCGGGAUGCCCUGCAAGAGCGUGCCUAAACCGAGGCCCCGACUUGACCCUCCGUCAGCCGGCCCUUUCCCAGCCAGGGGCCCUCCGCCCGUCACUCGGGUUCCCCGCAAGGCCCGGACGCUGGAGAGGGAGGUGCCCAGCGCAGAGGACUUGCUGGGCCCCAGCAAGCACCAAAGCAUGCCAGCUUUCCACGGCGUCUUAGCCAGUGCUGAGCCACCCCCCAGGCACCGGGAUCGCAGGGAUCGCUGCCCAGGAGGUUUGUAUUGUCCAGAAGGUGGUGAGCAACGGGAAGGGGGACAGCCGUUAAUUCUGAAUUGUUUUAUUUGAUGUUUUAAUGUCUUGUAAACAGCUUUGAGAUUUUUUUUCUUUUAAAUAUAAAGUGGUAUAGAAAUAGUGAUGGUGAUGGUGAGAAUAAUAAUGAAUUGUUCUGUCCUGUGGGCCCAAAUACAGCGUGUGGGGAGACAUGCAAGUGAGCAAUCUCUCUGACACUUAUUUGUCUGGACUCGUGCAACUUCCCUGCUGGGCUCUUCAAAAGCAAAGGAGAAUUUGGCUCCCCUACCCUAAUGAGUUGCACCUCCGCUUUCCCCUCUCAGACCUCUGCAACGAACCCAACAAACCACGGCAUGCCCAGCAGAGCAAGAACUGGACUUUCCCCAAUGCCAAAGCAUCUGCCGGCACCGACCCCUUCCUCUGCUCCCCUCACGGCCUGGAGGGCCUUCAUGGUUCUGCAAUGGUAAGUGAGGGUGGGGCGACUGGGGGAAACCAAGGUGCCCAGCUCAGGCCAGGUGUGGGGAACUUUGGUCCCUCCAGACAUUACUGGGCUGCAACUCCCACCAUUCCUAGCCGGCGGCUGUGCUUGCUGGGGCUGAUGGGAGUUGUAGUUCAGCAAGAUCUGGAGGACAAAUGUUCUCCCUAGCUUGUUUAGGCCAUGCCUCACUCUAGCCCUGGCUUGCAGAUGGAGCUUUCAAUGUGCCGGACAUUUGGUGCUUCUGUUCCAGUCCACUUCCACCCCUGCCAUCCAUUGGUAUGUUCCUCGGCUCCUAAGCAGCCUUGCCUUUCUGCUCUGUGUAUCUGCAGGGCUCUGCUUGCAGCGUUGUUGAGAGGAGAAGGGCCUCGUCGGACGGGCCUCAGGCCUCGCCGGCCUUCAGCACCAGCAGCAGCCGCACCCCCAGCGCAUCCGACGUGGGCGAGGAGGGCAGCACGGAGGCCCGUUCCAGGGAUAUGGGCCCAGAAGGGCAGCCGGGCCUGGAGAACUCCGAGUCCCUGAGCGACUCUCUUUAUGACAGCUUGUCCUCCUGCGGCAGCCAGGGUUGA